AUGUCUAAGAAACAGGAAUACAUUGCAAAAAUCAGAUACAGAAAUGAUUUGCCGCCUCCGUUGCUCCCCCCUAAGCUUUUGAAGUACGAAUUUUCUGCUGAUGAGGCUGCAGAUUCUGCCAAACUGGUUACAUCGCUGUACGCAAAGACAAACGUUACACCUUUGGUUAAAAUAAAUGAGGAUCUUGGAAUGCCAAUGGACCUCAUGGAGCUUCCCGGAUUGUUGAAUCAUCAGGACCCUCGACUUUUGCUGGGAUUUGAAAACAUCAAGUUGCAUCCAGAAGAUAGAGCGCUGUUGAGAGAUCCCAGGGUCGAUAAGUUGACGAAAACAGAUAUGUCCAAAGUGACAUUUUUGAGAAGAACCGAGUAUGUUUCUUCGUCACAGGCGGCUAAACAAAAUACCAAAAAAAGAGCCGCAUCUGAAGCCUUGGAUCUGGAGGAAGAAAUCUUGACACCAGCUCAAAGAGUAAAACGCGUGGAAGAAACGUUUGAUUUCAUUACUGAUGACGUAUCCAAGAUUCGUCAUCCAACCAAAAAAAGCGUUCAUGCGGUGAAAACCUGGAGUGUACUCCCAGACACUGCAGCGAUGGACCAAACGUUCUUUACCAUUCGAUUUGUGGGCUCUGCAGCAUUGGGAAAACAGGAAAAAGAUCAAUUGGCACUUUCCACAGCCAUGUUCCGUCCCGUUGAGCUUGAAGAAGAUGAGUGGGUCUCGCUUUAUACCACGGACAAAGACGGUUCAGCUAUCUAUGAGAAAAAUCGCGAGCAGCAAAUUGAUGAAAUUGUUGAUGAUGAUAGAGCUUACCAAUUCAAACACCUACGCGAUUUCGACAUGAAGCACCAACAGCCCACGGGUUUGGGACUUUUCAACGAGCUGUCCUUGCGGUUUAACGACGAUAAGAAAACCGUCUACUAUACUCCGAUACGGUCGCGGAUUGAGCUUCGCAGAAGACGCGUUAAUGAGGUAAUCAAGCCACUGGUGCGUGAAAACAAUUUGGACCAGAUUAACGUUAAGAUCAGGAAUCCAACACCACAGGAAACCCGUCAUAGAGAUUUGAUUCGCAUGAAAUUCGACCCAAUAGAUUUUCCUAAUAUAGAGGAAGACGAACAGCCAGAUGAUGGUCAGGAUGAAGAGCUUACCAGCUCUCAUAAUGACGAAACGUCAGCUUCGCAAGAUCAAACGUCCCUGCAGAAAGGAGCUGAAUCUCGCGAGCAAUCUUUGACCGCAGACACAACUACUGCUGCUUCCGAUGGGCUAUAA